UCUUUUUGAAAUUUAUCAUCAAAAAAAGAUGAUAAAGUAGGGUUAUGUAUUCUAAUAUAUGGCGGUUGUAAAAACACCAUGGAAUCAGAAUUUUCAAAAGAUGGUGCAUAUUUUGCAAUUUUGGGUGUUGAUGGUAAACUAAAAAUAUGGGAAACAUCAACAAGUAUUUUGAAACAUGAGUAUACACCAUCACUUCAUUUAAAUCAACCAUGCACUUGCUUAAAAUGGAUACAAAUAUCAAGUAAUCAGUCACCAUGGCGUAAAAGAAAACGAUCCGACAGUGAUGUACAAUUCUCACAGUGUAUAGCGUUAGGGACCAGAUCCGGUUCAAUAUUAAUUUAUUCACCGUUUGAAUCGAAAAUUUUAACAACACUUGGCUCCGAUGAAGCUGCGGCUGUGACCAACAUUGAUUGUUUAACAUGGAGUAUGCGAAGUGGUUUAAUAUCGUGUGGUAAUAAUCAUUUUAUUCGAUGGAAUAUAGCGGAUGGAUCUGUUAAAACAAAAUGGAAAGACAAUAAAAAUGAAACCGUAUACAGUGCAUUAGUUUUGGAAUCGAAACCUUAUUUGUUGACCGCAUCUAGAAGUAUAAAAUUAUGGAACUAUGAUCGAAAAGAAAUAAUUCAAGAGUAUACAGGCCAUACAUCCGAUGUGAAAUUUUUAAAAUAUGUGCCUACAAAUGACGACGAAUCAAAUGGCUAUUUUAUCAGUGGUGCUAAGACAGACAGAUUUUUGAAUUGUUGGAGCUUAAACGAGAAUUCGAAUAAUCAGAAUGCUAUUGCAAGAUUUAUUAUGGAAGAUGUGGCGAGUAAUAUAUCGAUUGUAACAUCCGAUUCUGGAUCAAUGAAUAUGGCUGCAACGACACAAAAUGGAGUUGUACAUAUUUAUAAGCAGACUUUAAAUGGAAAAUGUGCGAAACCAUUGAAACCAAAAGUAACAUUACAAAUAGCAGUUGGAGAUGAUUCAAAGAAUAAAGAAAUCGGUAAAAUUCCUAUUUUAACAGCAUUUAUGGAUGAUGAGAACUCAGUUUUAAUUGGUUAUGGAGCCUAUCAUGUAACGGUCUUCGAAAAAAUUACAAUUUCAACAUUCGAAAAAUUACAAUGUUUAGUACGAUCAGAUCCAAAAAAAUUAAAAAUACAAAGUACAGAAAACGUAUCGAAAACAAAAACACCAGAAACGGAAAAAAAUAUACAAUAUUUAGCACCAAAUAAUUUAAGCAGUAAAAUAACAACAAAACGAAAAUUAGAACAAGAUAAUUAUGAGGUGCCAAUGGAAAAACGUUUAGAAAAUUUAGUUCUUAAUUUACCCGAUUCAAGUUCUGUACCAAAAUCAAAUAAUGUUGCAAAUUUAUUAGUGCAAGGUUUACAUAGCAAAGAUAAACAUAUUUUACAAACAGUUUUUGCAAAUAAAGAUGAAAAUAUUGUACGGAAUACAGUUAAACGACUUCCUGUACAAGUUUUAAGUUCGUUAAUUAGUGAAUUAACUGCUUUAAUACAAGGAAAAACUAUGUGGAGUCAAAGUGGAACAAUUUGGUUAAAGCAUGUUGUUCAAAUUCAUGCAAGUCAACUACUGGCAAAUCCAGAAUUGAGUGAAUUAAUUCAUCCAACAUUAGGUUUGAUAACACAUCGAAUGAAUGUAUUACCAUCAUUGUCACGAUUACGAGGGCGACUUGAAUUAUUGGUAACACAAAUUUCGUCAAGUACCGAAGAGGAUAAUUUUGAACAGGCUGCUUUAGUAUAUCAAGAUCCAGAUUCCAGUGAUUCCAGUAGUGAUGAUAAUAUUGAAAUAAAUGAUCAAUCCGAUUCGGAUGAUCAAUGGGAUGAAAAUGAAAUGAAUGAUGAUGGAAAUUCAUCAAAUGAAGACGACAAUGAUGAAGAAGACGAUGAAAAUUCUGAUAUAGAAAUGGUUGAUAUUACGAAUAAUAAAGAAAAUCAUGAAAAUGAUUCGUCAUCGGAUGAUUAAUAAUUAGAUUGUUAACUUUGUCCUCAAAUUGUUAUUAUAAUAAUUUUAAAAUUAUAAAUGAAAAGAUAUUAGUCCGUGGGACAGUAAGGGUGCUUUAUACAUACUUAAAAUUUUGUGAUUUGCUUCCUUUUGGCGAUUCUAUUAAGCUCUUCUUUACGACUUUUCAAAUAUUCUCAAAUGAGCACGAUGGCGUCAUAUUUAAGCUAUCGAUUUGAAAUAACGCACAAGGCAAUUUUUUGGACUUCAUGACCACUUGAUAACAUUAAUAAUUAUUCAACAAUUCAGCAGAAAUGAGCUACGUAUGUAUUGAAAGGCAAAAAUACUUAAUUACAGAAUGUUCGAGGUUGUACGCAAGCUCAGCGAUGCAGUAUUUUUGGCGAACAAAAUAUUUUAUUGCUUAAACGUUUAAAGUGGUCAUGAUGUCCGACAAAUUUCUUGUUGCGUUUUUUCAAAUCGAUAGUUUGAAUAUGACGUCAUCGUGCUGAUUUGAGAACGUUGCGCUUUCGAAAAUUCUAGUAUGUAUGUAUCAUUUUAAAAAGCACUUUUACUGUCCCACGGACUAUAUUAUUUGUUUGUUAAUAAUAUUUGAUCCACACAGUAAUUUUACUAUUUUUGUAUACAGAGAAUUUUACAAAA